AUGUGGUUUGCAAAGAGAAGGUCGAGUCUCGCAGCCGAGUCCGCACAUACAGAAUCUGAGCCUCGUCGGAGAAAUCGCUUGUCUAAGCCCCCUACAGGCAGAAUCCCCUCCGGUGUGUCGACGUCCAGUCUCAAAGCUCAGGCGUCGCUUCCACAGAGCAAAAAUGCCAGCCGCACAGAGCUGUCGAUUCCGUCAUCCCCCGCUUCAGGCAAAGGUAUUCAGCAGCAAAAGUCGCGGGAUAGCGUUAUUGCCACAGACUCGGGCUCACCUCUCCGCACGCACAAGAAUGAUUCGGGCUUCAGGGUCGCCUAUAUGGUCAGUCAGUUGGAGGGCAAGGCUGCUGGAGCUGGGACAAGUCCAUCGCGAACCAUGCAACAACGAACGCCACCCCCUCAGUCACCUAUCAAGCCGCCGAAGCGGAAGUCUCUGUUGCUCCGGCGUCUGUCGCUGCAAAGGUCCUCCAGCAUAACCCGUACCCCUAGCAGUGAACGCAUCAAUCCCUUGGAGUGUGAUACCGCGGUGUUUUCAACCCCGGAUUCAGCGAUGGACAGAAUCCUCGAACCACAGCCCAUUCCCCCCAUGCGUCGAUCAUCCUUUGCUCCUGGCACAGCAACAAGAAAGCCAUCUCAAAUUGCUGGCAGGCAGGAGAGCCAGGGCCGUGAUCCCAUUCAAGAGAUAGAGGAGCGGCAGACAAUCGCUUUUGAUAUAGACGACUUUGACUGGCAACCUCCACCUCCUCCAAGGACAACUGGCCGUGCCGGUACGCCUUCAGAUAUAAGCUAUUCUCAUCUCGCCGGCCUGAGGCACGGCUCUCUGCAAAUCGUCAAUGGACGCGCAUCACCAGCUUUCAGUGAGGUAUCAAAGGUGUCGAAACACCUUCUAUCUGCCCCAGCACCACGGAGAGAUGUGUCAAGCGAUUACGGUGAUGCCGACGAAGAGUUCGAUUUAUUGGUCUCUGCAUCCGGCAAUACAUCCCACUUGGAGCCGAGUCCUCCGACGGGAAAUGCUGAGUGUCGGUACUUUAGUUGGGAGCACAAUGAUGAUAGAGCUGGGCCACGGAUUCACCCACUGCACAGUGUCAUGACAGCACAAGAAGAAACGCACCUCAUUUCGGCCAGCACUCCAGCUGAUGAUCAUACCUCACUAAUGGCGCAAGAGUAUAUCGCAGAGCUUGGUGUCGGCCCAUUUGACCAGCAACAGUCCAGCUCUCCAGUUGGCACUAUUAGAAGGACCAGGUCUGAAGGCUCGCUUUGGCGGGCGAGCCGAUGCUCGUCAUUACAGAAAACGCCUCCGCUCAACAAUGACCCGGAGUUUCCAUCCCCAGUCAGUACUCCAGAGAGGUCACCUUCGCCGUCUUGGUCGGUGGUGCGCAAGUCGAGCUUCAGAUCCGAAGAAAGUCGGGGUCGACAAACUCUACGUGAGAAUGAGGCAAGCGACGAAUCUCGACCCUGUGAUAGCCCUAUGAGUUGGCAUUCCCCCAUCGAACCAAGGUACUCUCUCGAUGAAGGCUUUCAGUCUGCAGUCGAAUUUCAACCCCAGCUGUCAAACCCUUCCCUCGCAAUUCCGUCUUCUCGGGCACCUCAAAAAUCGGACAGCGGCUACAGCUCAAGCAACUCGCUGCGGUCGUUUCAAAUGGCCAGGCCCACCCCAUCACCCACAAAGUUUAGGGCUUUACCAGAAGUUCCAGACUCACAGGUGAAUGUCGAUGUACAGGAGUCAGGACGUGUGCCAUCUUUCUCUGAACCUGGAAUCUCCAUUUUGAAGUCGCGCAGGAGUGAACCUUAUGUAUCGACAUUUUCUAAUCUUCAACCCAAUCCUGUAGCGUCAGCUCCGAUGCCCAUUGUCCCAACGACGACAGCCCCCGAAUCCGAUCCCCGCCCUACAAAUGGUACAAAGGCACGGAAGAAACUCCUGAAGAAGAGGCGCCCAUCAAGCCAACCUCCUGGCCAAGUAGCCCUUGUUCGAGUCCGAUCAUUUGAGUUAGACAACAUUCCCCAUGUCUCCCAAGAGGCACAAGAAAACCUUCGGAAACGCUCAUACGCCGUACCGGAACUGGACCAAACAUACUCCUCAAUGGGAAACAGAGCUAACAGUAACUCUACCCUGUUUCUCCCCCUGAACGAGGUCAGGUUUCCAUCUCCUGCUCCGGAACAAGUACUCCAUGCCAAGCGACCUCGGUCUCGCAGUCGUCGAAGAUCGUGGUUUGGUCGGUCUAAAGAAGAAAAGGCAGAAUCACGUAACCCUUCUGGAGUCAGUCAGGCUGAAGCGUUGGCUCUUGUCAAUGAUGUGGGAACCGCCAGCACCUCCUUCCCGACAGGCCAUUAUAACUUGACAGACGGUCCGCGCCCUAUUAAGGAAGACAAGACCGCUGCGGAGUUGUCCCGGCCUCGAACCCGAUCAAGACGGGACCGAGAUAGUACGAUAUCAGAUCGGAGAUCUUCUUUUAACGAUAGAGGGGGGUUACCUGGGAAGAAUCUAAGGCCUGCUAGUUUUGCCAGUGAUGCGCCACCCAUCACGCCGGAGAUGGUACAGAAGGCAUAUCGAACCUCAUCCAUCCAGAGACAACCUUCAAUGGGUAAUGAAGCAGGUCCUCCACCUCCACUACACUCACCCCGUCCUGCAUACAUUGAUUAUCAAGGGAACCACUCCGGUCCCAUGGCUCCUCCUCCGCCAUCUCAUUCCCCCCGACCCAUCGACAUAAGUCCGGAUCCAUGGGUUGCGCAAGCUGCGGUCUGGAAAGCUCGAAGACUGAGUGCGGGUGAGGGGCUGAGGCAACAAUCUUGGGGAUUACGACAACAUGAGCCAUACUACGAAGAGGUGGCGGAUGAGUUGCUUUAUCCGGUCAUUCCUCCACAACAGGGAGGACAGCAUCACGACUGGCAGCAAUCCCUCCCCCCCGAAGACUAUUCCUCCUCGUCUCAGGACUAUUAUGACGGAUGUCACAACUCCUCUCAGUAUCAACAGCAGCGGUAUCCAUCCAACGCAUUCUCGUACGACGCCUCCCACGACGCUGAAUUCGCGUAUGUGAGACAAACCCGGAAAAUCUCGCGCACUCAUGACCACCAACAAUCUCGUGGCCAAUCAGCGCAAUGGCGAGGUCCUUCGGGUGGCGGUUACUCUUCAUGCCCUGUGUCGUAUGCAAAUAGCGUCCGAAGCUUUGCUUCAUCGUUGGCCGAGGACUUGCAUCCAGCUGAUUUUGAGCGGCAACAUCCGCCCUCGACGUUCGGGCGGUAUUCGGGAGGCUUGGACUACGGUACCCAACGCGGAAACGGGUGCAGAGGUUCGGCUGGGACCAGGUCAAUGAGUGGGAAAGCCGAAGCAGCAUGGAAGGGGGUGUCUCUCAGGACCCGUGCUGGAGUCGAUCUUGGGGAUGGACUUAUGGCAAGAGGGAGAGCAUGA